AAUUACAAUCACAGGGGUCUAGGGGGGCUCCGUACUGUCAGGAUAUAGUGAUUAAAUUGUUUUAAAUAAAACUAUUUUAAUCACAUUUGCUGCCAUUCUACCCACUGCUGCUUUAACUACAGAGGUGGGAAAUAAAACUACACUGACGGAACAGCCUGAGGGACAUUUUUGUGUGCGGAAGUGCGACUGGAAUAAGGUAAAAGUGGACUACAGCAGUUUCCUGGUCAGUUUAUAGGCUACUAUGCGGUGUUUGACGUAUAAACACGUCUGUGAAUAGGCUACACAAGUUGUCCCAUGUUAGGCAAAGGAAAGUUAAUACUUUGCAGACAGACAGGGACCUUUUAAGAGACAGUUUGGGUGGUUCAUAUUCGUCAGAAGAUAUGGAGCAUACAGAAGGAGAGAGGCCCAACCGGAACGGCCACAAACCGUGGUCAGUCGUUGUGCUGUCGGUGCUGGGCUCCGCCGUAGCUGUGGCCGCUGUUGGUUGUGUCUGCGCCCUCAUCUACCCUAUACUCAAAGAGCUGCGGGCAGAGAGAGUGAAAAGAGAGGAUGGGACUGAAGAGAGGAUGAUGGGUUUCUGGAGUAUCCUGGUGCUUUCAGUAUUAGUAGGAUGGAUCUGCUGUGUCUUCUCAUGGACCCUCACCUACCUCGACUCGUACCAGCCUGGCAGGGCGUUGGGAACACCACUGACACUGACCCACUUCAGAGAUGUAUCUGGUCUCCACAUGGGUUACGGUGUUGCUGUCCUUAAUGGUGUCAUGGCUAUGCUCACCGUCAUCUGGAGCCUCACCUGACACGCAGACACAUCCUCAGUGGAAGUGCUCAGGUGCACAGGUAUCUGUUACUUGACAGCGACCAGCCUGUAACAGUGGAAAGGCUUCCGAGAAGUUCUCCAUUAUUCAAUUAAAAUGUAGUAUGAAAAGGGCUGUGGUUAUGUGUAAUUCAAAUGUCUCUGAAUAGUUUCCGCAGUACCCGUCAGGUGUUUUCUACUCCGUCUGUUUUAUGCACAUGAUUAUAUAGAUUAUAUAUUUGUAUUAUGCCGUUAGUGCUGCCAAAAUGGGUCUGACCAUACUGUAGUAGGCUGGCUGAAGACAUCCUGUGUAGACACCGAUGGAGGAUUGUGUGUUAGGAACAAGAAAUGACCUGAUUCUGUAAUCGGACAAAUAUGGUCGAUGCACAAUAUGUACACGGUUCGUUCUGUGAUGAUGGACUUCCCAUUAUAUAUAUGACAGAUUAAAGCCUUAGUUCUGGCUUUAACUGUGGCGGAAAGGUACUAAAUGUCUUCCCAGAAGCUGAAUAUGCUACUGGUUAGGCUGGGUUGUUUGUGAAUAAGCUGAAGGCUGAACAUGUCUGAUAAACUGUCUUGUUUUGUUUUACAAGAAUUUAGAAUCUUUCCUACUCUUCAGGUCUGGCGUAGAGCGAUGAUGAAUUUGCAGUCCGCUACAUGUUGGGAGAUCUCAGUCAUUAAAAGGGAACAUUUUAUAUGGAAAUAAAGGGAUAUUGACAGUU